CCACAUGUAAGUUGAGCGGCUACAUGCUGGUGGAAUAUCUGAUCUACAGCUGCUUGUUCUGUGGUGAGAUUGUUUGAACACGAUCAAGGACUGAAGGAGAACAGACCUGGGUUGUACUAACAUGGCAUCUGUAAAAACUGUCCUUUUCCUCGGAUUUUGUCUUUCUGACUGGAUCGUCAUUACUGCAGAGCAAAACUUUGGGCCUAAGGUUGAGAACGUUCGCUGGCUGUCUCUGGACUUUAAAACCAUCCUGACAUGGAGUGUUCAAAAAUCUAACAACACAUACCAGUACAAUGUCUUUUUCGCUGAGGACGAAGACCCAGAGUGGGUUGAAUCUGAAGAGUGCAGCCAAGUGUCAGAUUUGGAAUGUGAUUUGUCCAAUCACCUCAAGCCCUCUGACAGGACUUACACUGCUGACAUCCAAACCAUACCUGACACCGGGAGCUAUGACCCAGAUGAGUUACCUCACACUUUUUCCCCACCCUUCAACCCCUAUAAGGACAGUAAUAUCAGUGCUGUGCAUUUCACUGUGGAGGCUGUAGAUGAGACGACAGUAACUGUCAACAUCAAAGAUACUCUGACCAGUGUCCAUCUGGGUGAGAAGCAACUCACCAUCAGAGACAUUUUCAAAAAAGAUCUCAAGUACAAGAUCAGCUACUACAAGUCUGGAAGCACAGGCAAGAGAGACAUCCUAUCUGACUCGAGUAUGGCACAGGUAUCUGGGCUGGAUCCAGGACAGAGUUACUGCUUCAUGGUAGCAGCUUACAUCCCCUCAAGAACCAAACCCCUCAAGCAGGGAGCCUGGAGCCAACAGCGGUGUACGGAGGGAUACAAAAAUGUCCUGCAAGAGCUGAGUGUUGGAGCAUGGGUUGGUGGAAUCUUCAUCCUCCUCACAGUCCUCAUCCUCAUUUCUACAGUGACGGUACUCUGCUACAGACGUAACAAACAAAGAUACGAAACCACGCAGACAUCUCAGGCAUCGGCACCUAUUUAGAUGUUUUUCCAACACAAGAAGCUGGUCCCAAAUAAGUUCUGUCUCUUUUCAUUUUGUAGGAGAACAUUAUUUGGAUUCCAAUGUGUUGUAGUAACAAUUUACAAAUGUUAGAUUUACAGUCAAACUUAACUUAACUUUAAGCAUCACCUCUGUAUUACUGCCAUCUGUCCUAUGGUUUUGAGUGGCUUAUCUGGACCCACAAUUUCAUCACAACUUCAUACCCCAAAAUGUUCUUUUAACACAGGCCGCCGCUCCAGCUAACAUCACACUGUUUUCUCAAAACAUGUUUUUUUUACCUUCUGCCAAUGCGUCUUCUCCUUUAAAUUCCCUCACAGUUCUCUCUUAAGUAGGGUCUAUUGUCCUAUUAUAGUUCAUCAGCUCAUAACUCCUCUUCUAGGAGUGUGGGACUCCUCUAUUAAUUCGAUUUCUACAAUACUUUAAGCCGUAUGUGAUUCAGAAUCAUUAUUCUGUUAUUUUUUAUUUCCAUUGAAAAAAGUGUGUUGAUCAAAGAGAUGUGAAACCAAUAAAACACGUGAAAUGUUCAAGUUG